AAGAAUAAUAUAAAAGAAAAAUUUUAAUUUCACAGUAGAAACUACACGCUUUAAUCACGCUAUUAUCGACACUGUAAGCAAUGUUACCAACAGAAAAAAAAGAAUUUUCGUUUUGCUAAUUUUAGAAUAAGCAGAAAGUAUCUCAUAGAUAUCUCUUAAUUUUUAUUUAUCAAUAAAGUGUAUUAAUAUAACAACAAUUUAUAUUAUUUCUGUUUAUACGUUUGUAAGAUGUUCUGUGACAAUUUAAACAAUAUAGCCUAAAAAAAUGACAUUGGUUAUUACUUAAUUAUUAAUUAGUGUAAAAUAAUAACCAUUACUAUUUGAAGUAUUUGUAUAAUACUAUUUUAUAGAAUUAAAUAGUGUUUAUUUAUUUCUUGGAAGAAACAAGUUCUUAAAAAAAAUGAAUAUUUUACCUAAAAAAAGAUGGCAUGUUCGGACAAAAGAAAAUAUAGCUCGUGUAAGACGAGAUGAAGCAAAAGCUGCUGAAGAAGAACGAGUUAAAAAAGAACGUAUACAAAAAGCUGAAACUGAAGCACGUAUUGAUUUUUUAAGACAACAAGCAAGAACUAAAUAUGAUGGACGAGCUGAUACAUCGAACAUUAAAGCAGAAGUAUCUACUGAAGCAUUAGAACAUGUUAAUUUCUUUUCCGAUCUUGAGAAAGGUAAAAUAGAUUAUAAUAAACCUAAUACAGAACACGAGAAGGAGAAGAAAGAGGAAAAAGAAAAAUAUGAAAAACAAAUUGGCUAUCUUACAUAUCUUGGACAAGAUACAAAUGAAGCAUUAAAAAGAAAAAACUGGUACGAAGAAUUGCCUAAAAGAUUAAACGAUAAAGAUAAGGAUAUCGAAGUAGAAAUAACAAAAAAGGUUUUGCACGACCCUAUACAAGAUAUAAAGAAGUACUUAAACAUAAUGGGUAGUGUUCAUUCAGAAAAACAUGUAAAGACUGAAAAAACUAGUAUUAAAAAGCGGCAUCAUGAUUCAGACGAUUCAGAUAGUGAUAUGGAGAAAAGGCAUUCUGGAAAGAAAAAUAAAAAACAUAAGAAAUAUAAAAAACAAAAGAAAGAAAAAAGUGAUAUUUCCAAUGAAUCUUUAGAAAAAUCUAAAACUUCAACAAACUUAGAAAAAUUAAGAGCGGAAAGAUUAUUAAGAGAGCGAAAGGAGAAAUUAAGAGUGGAAGCAUUGUUUGCCAAGUUGCGUGGAGAUCCUUUGCCUGCUGCCCAAUCUGAAGAAAUACCUAAACCUUCUGUUAAACAAAAAUAUAAUUCGCAAUUUUUCCCAGAAAUAGCUAGACAAAAUGCAGAAAGAACGCCUCGUAAUUAAUUUCAUAUAUGUAGGGUGAAGAGCCUAAUUUAAUCACCUCGAAUAACUUCUAAAUUAUGCGUUGUACAGAAAAUUAUUCCUAUAAAGAUUAUAUGAUAUCAAGAGGGACAUCAUGUGGUAUACACAACUUUUUUGUAUUUGUUAAAAAAAAUUUAAUUCACAUAAGAUCACAUUAAAAGAUUAAUAAAGAUUAAUAUCCUUCUCACAUUAGUGUAGAUUAGAGUAUUAGGUUAGUAGGUUGAAUUUACACUAUUCAAUCUCUCACUGUGAGUUAGACAGGAUGCAGGACAUUCUGAAUAAUAAUUAAUAUAAUUGAUAACAUAAUAAUUAGUAUAAAAAUUUGUAAUAAAAAAAAAACAAGAGUUCUUGUCAAUGAUGGUACUUUAAUAAAAAGUAAUUGUUUGUUUUUACAAUAAAAAUAA